UAUUCUUCUUCUUCCUCCUCUUCCUCUUCACCAAAGCCCAAAGGCAAACCACGCCUAGCAUCCACUCGCUUCGCUUGUGCUUUGGCGAUUCCAUUCGGGAAGGAGAGGUCCAAGAGGAGGCAGGGUCCAGAGAGGGGUUGGAGAGCGAUGGGGCUGUCGUUCGGGACGCUGUUCGGGGCGCUGUUCGCGAAGAAGGAGAUGCGGAUCCUGAUGGUGGGGCUCGACGCCGCCGGGAAGACCACCAUCCUCUACAAGCUCAAGCUCGGCGAGAUCGUCACCACCAUCCCAACCAUCGGGUUCAACGUGGAGACAGUAGAGUAUAAGAACAUCAGCUUCACAGUUUGGGAUGUCGGGGGCCAGGACAAGAUCAGGCCCCUGUGGAGGCACUACUUCCAGAACACUCAGGGCCUUAUCUUUGUUGUUGACAGCAAUGAUAGAGAACGUAUUACUGAGGCCAGAGAUGAGCUUCACAGAAUGCUGAAUGAGGAUGAACUGCGCAAUGCUGUAUUGCUUGUUUUUGCUAACAAGCAAGAUCUUCCCAAUGCCAUGAACGCUGCUGAAAUUACUGAUAAGCUCGGUCUCCACUCUCUGCGUCAGCGACACUGGUAUAUUCAAAGCGCUUGUGCUACAAGUGGGGAAGGCCUGUAUGAAGGGCUGGACUGGCUCUCCAACAAUAUAGCCAGCAAGUCAUGAAUACUUCCACUGGGCUGGCUGGCAGAAAGAAGCAAACUAGCGAACUGGACAAAAAUGGCCGGAGUAUAUAUAUGCAUGUUAAAAUGCUGUCAAGCCUUAGGCUUGUGUUUGGUUUGGAAACUCAAGUCUUUGAGCUGUUAUCGUAUCACACUGUUGUCCACCCACGGACGAAUGUUGUUGUGUACUUGUAUGGAUGGUUUGAAUUGAAUGUGUACCAAAGGAAAACAAACUGUUAUGCUUUAGUGAAAUGAUGCCAUAGUGAUUUUUGCUGCGGGUCAUGGUAAUCCCGUUUUGGUUGA